AUGAAACAGCUAGCAGAGGCAUUAAUGCAGUGUAAAUCAUUCAAAGAGCGACAAGAACGUCUGAGUGAAUCUCUAGAUCAUCUGUCAUUCAACUAUCCUGAUCUAUACACCAUGUUGUUUAAAGAUAUGAAAAAAAGAGAACUGGAUUCCAAUAAUUCAAGUAAAAUUACUAAAUGGAUAAAUAAUCAAUCGUCCAAAUCAUUUGUAAAACUUCAUGAAGCAUUAAUGUUGGUAAAAAAUAACAACAUAAUGGCCAAAGAGGGGUAUAUGUACAAUUUAAGGCAUAUGCUAAACCAAACAAUUGCAAAUGGUACCAACAUUGAGAUAGUAGUGAAAAUAUGCAAUUUGAUUGAGAAAUCACCAAACUUGACCAUCAUUCACGAGAAUUUGAAACACCUAAUUAACCAAGUAAAUCAACUGAACAACAGUCGUGAGCGCCACAUGCCGACUGAAACGUUGACAGGAAACUUUUGGCCAAAUUAUUUUAGACCACCACACGUAGAUCCUUUUCAACCAUUUAAUAUUCGGCCAGCUCAACAGCCGAGUACCUCUGUUUGGCCAAACAUUCUGCAACCGACAAAUUUAAAUUCUGCUCCUGGUCUACCACAUUUUAGAAUGGAAUGUUUUGGCUACAACCAUCUAGAAAUGUUUGCAAAGACCAAGAUGAUGGCCAGUACCUUGGAAGACCCACAGUCACUUGAAAAUCUUACGAUUCUCGAUCAAGAAAUGGAUGGAGCAGUUGCUAAGUGGCUUCACUACUUGAAACUACACAAAUACCAAUGGUUCUUCAACAGCCUCAGUUAUCUGGAAAUUGAAUUCAUUGAUGAGGACAAUAUUGAUGAUUUCAUAGCUAAAGUUAACAAAAACUCAAUUACAAGAGGUGCUCAAAAAAAGAUAUGCUUGUCAACAAAGACGUUAAGGGAUCGUUCACAAAAGUUGAACAACUUAUUAUUGGCUUUGGAUUUGGAAGUUACUCCUAAUGAACUGUGUGAAUUCAUGUCGUACAUGCGAGACAUAUUGCAUUAUCCCAUCCCGAACAAGAAUUGUGUGGUUGGCGACCAACUACAACAAGACCUAGUCCUUGUCAUGGAGAAACUGCUAAAUCAACUGCUUGAGAAACUUGGUAAGAUUCGUUCUUUAGCUGCCCAGAGUCUACUUGGAAUGUCUAUCAAUAAGUACUUGGAAUGCACCUUAUUAAUACUCGGUAAUCAAACAUUCAUGAAACAGCAAAUUGACCAAACAUCAAUGUUUGCUGAAACUUUGAGAUGUAGAGUCCAUAGAAUUCCUAGAAACUUUAACUAA